AUCAAGUCCUAUCAAGUCGAGCUUUGGCCGGACAAUCCUUCUCGGUUGUGUUCUCUAGCAUUGCUGGUUCUCGAUAGCUCUUGAGAAUGUCUACAUCGACACUUACGCUGCGGAGCUCACUAGAGAAGCACAAUGCUACUUUCGAGACACUGCUCAAGCUCAUCCCUGCAAAGUACUAUUUGAUGCAGGACGAUUCGGAAGAGCAGAUAGCAUCUAAAUACCAGAAGAACAGCAAAAAGCAGAAGGCACCGAAGCAAGCAAUCAAAGAGGCAUCGAAAAAGGCCAAAAAAGAAAAGCUUGACCCCGCCAAUAAUAAGACCGUCAUCGACAUUCAAAAUGAAUCUCUGCAAGCGGCGGAGCAGAGUGGUUCAAGCAAGAAGAGUAAGGGCAAGCGAAAGGCAGACGCAGCCACGCAAGGCCUGGCUUCUGAUGGAGAUGCUAUGGACGUGGACGUGAUUGUCGAUGUCGACGUCGACGGUUCCGCUUCCGACGCAGACGAACGGCCAACGCAAACCCUGGUGCCAAUGUCCGAGUCGGGCAGCAUCGAGGCACUCAGAGAAAAGCUGCACGCAAGGAUGGCGGAGCUACGGCGCGGAGGGAGGGGAGAUGGCGGUGAUGGGGAGGCAGGGAGCAGGGACGAGCUGCUGGAGGAGCGACGGAAGCAACGGGCGGCGAUGAGAGAGCGGCGGAGGAAGGAGACGAAGGAGAAGAUCAAGCGUGAGGAGGAGAUUAAGGGAAAGAAAGGAACGGAUAAGGAAAAGGAAAAGGAGAAGCACAAGGGACCGCAGACGAAGACGCAAUUACUAGUUCCGGAUCAAGGCUCAUCGUCGAAUUCAGGUCCAUCACAAGAUCCCAAGUCGAAGUAUGCCACCGUCGCAUUCUCUGCGGUCACCGGUAAUCCGAGCAAGAAGGCGGACCGCCUCAAGACGGUCUCAAAUCCUGCUCAGGCAUUGGAACAGCUUGCAGCACGCAAGGAAAGGCUAGCAGCGAUGCCGGAGGAGAAGCGCAAAGCGAUUGAGGAGCGCGAGAAAUGGGAAAAGGCGGAGGCGCGAAUGGAGGGUGUCAAGGUACACGACGAUGAGGCUCGGCUAAAGAAGGCAACGAAACGAAAGGAGAAAACGAAGCAAAAGAGCAAGAAAGCCUGGGACGAGCGCAAGGAGCAAGUUGAGACGACAAUGGCCGCCAAGCAGAAGAAGCGCGCGGACAACAUCGCGACGCGCAGCGAGAGGAGGAAUGAUAAGCGUAAGGGCGUGAAGACAAAGGGCAAGAGUCGGCCGGGUUUCGAGGGCAAGUCGUUUGGUAAGGGUAAGAAGUAGUAUCCUGCGACUCCAUAACUACAGUUUGACGCGCUGUCUCAUCGAGCACGCUUGCUCACAUGUGUACAUGGUUCGUCGAGAGUACUGGCUUGAUUGGAAUACGUCUGUCCCAACCAUUUG